UGAAAGUGAAUUUCGUUGCUCAAAAAUUAACAUACACCAUUACAUUGAUUAUAAAAAACGGCAGAACUUGAACGAUGAAACUAAAAUUUGAUAUUUGACAUUAAUUUUUCCUCCUCUUUAACCUCUCUAAUAGCCUUAAUGGGGGAGGAUUGCUCCUCUCUUGUUUCGUCACUGUGUCUUGUUCCAGUUGUUCAGUGCCGAGACAUCGUGAGCCGUCCCUGGCGGACGCGACGCGCCAAUUGGUCAAACGGGUGUGGCCACGUGAUCGUCUUGUCAACGAACGUGCUUGCGCCGUGCGCUGGUGUUGUGCGGGAAGAGAGGACCACAAGCUCCCGCCACCACCGCCGCUGUAACCAGUAGCGCGGCUCAGCUGUUUCUGUUUACUAAACAAAGGAGCCAGAAAUCAGUUCAACGGUGGACGGCGAGCGGCACGUUCGUGUGUCCGUACGCGACACCACUCCUUCCCUAACCCCCCUUCGACCGCCAACAAACCGAUCUCGGUUUCAUGAUCGCGGCAAUAAAUCGCGAGUGCAUCUGACCAGGAAUAAUCUUCGUAGCCUCCACGAUCGCUGAUCACGGGAUACACGGGAGAGAUAUCGGGAGGACAGAGCCGCGAAUUAAGACGGGAAAACAUUUUCAGCCUCUGAGUCGACCUGUUCCUUGUUCCUGAUCCACUACCUUCUUCCCCUACUCAACCAAAAAGGAAUCAUCGCGAAGGAUCUUCCGUAUUUCAACACCACCCGUUAUUCAGUGACUAAUCCCAUCAACCUGUCGUCGUGAUUUCAACGAGUAGAUAACGAUGGCCAUUGCGAAGUCUCCAUUUUGAGUUAGCGAAUAACACGAUUCAUUUUUAGAACGCUUUCAAUAAGAAUGCAGUAAACAUGCCGUCGUUGCUGGAAGCGCUGGAGCUGAAGUACGGCAGUUCAACGACCGAGUGCUCCCUCACCGACGAGGAGACGGAGUCCAGCUCGCCGAAGGCCGCCCUCUCUGUUAGCAUUUUCAUCCCAAAGAAAUCGCCGCGUCACACGGUGCCCGCUCUGCUGGUGCUCCAGGACUGCGACAUCGAGUCGGCUGGAAACGACGCUGAAAAGUUACGCAACAAAUGCAAGAACGUCGAGGAGCUGGACCUGGCGCAGAACAAGCUCUCCCAAUGGACGGAGGUGUUCGGGAUCCUGCAGCACAUGCCGAAGAUCAAGUUCCUCAACUUGAGCUUUAACUGUCUGGCGGAGGUGCUGGAAGUCAAGCACGGCAGCUACGAUCAUCUGAAGAACCUGGUGCUGAACGGCACCAGGGUCUCCUGGUCGACGGUUCAGGGUCUAGUACGUCUGCUUCGUAACCUGGAGGAGCUACAUUUGUCCCUGAACGAGUACAGAACGGUCGACCUUGAGCAUCAGAAGUCAGAGAAUGGGAAUGACUCGGUGAGGAAGCUCCACUUCACGGGGAAUCCCGUCGAGGUGUGGAACGAGAUCUCGAAAUUGGGCUACGUGUUCCCAAAUCUGGAGAGCCUAGUGUUGGCCGAGUGCCCCCUCAGGUCGCUCGCCCUGGUCGACGAUAGGAAUUCAAACGACGAGGAGACCACCACGAACAAGGACCAGGAGAACCUCAACCAAGACAACGAGAAUAUGAACAACUUUGAGGCCGACGAGAACGUCGACGAGAAAGGGAACAGGAUAUACACCGAGGGCAAGGUCAGCUACGACAGGUCCGAGUCGGAAUCCGAGUCCAGCGGAUCGAACGUCAGGUCCUCCCAUGAUCCUUUCAGGAAGCUCAGGUUCCUCAACGUGAACGGCACUCUUCUGUCGACAUGGGACGACGUGGAGAGGCUGGCCAGGUUCCCGGUGCUCAAGUCGUUGAGGAUUCAGGGCUGCCCUCUUUUCGAGAGUCCUCGGGAGUACACCGAGCACGAAAGGCGACAACUGUUGAUCGCCAGGCUUCCAAACGUUGAGACAUUAAAUGGCGGCGGCGUGAUAUCGUCGCAGGAGCGCGAGGACGCCGAGAGGGCCUUCAUCCGGUACUACAUGGACAAACCGGAAGCAGACAGACCCGAAAGGUACUCCGAGCUCGUGGCUAUUCACGGAAAGCUGGAUCCGCUGGUACACGUCGACCUGACACCCGAGAAGAGGGUCAAGGUUACGUUCACUUACGGAGAUCUUGUCGAGGUACGGUCCGUGGACGUGUACAGAACGGUUUUUGAGCUGAAAACCAAGCUGGAAACGAUGGUGAAAAUUCCAGCCAACAGGAUGAGACUCUUCUACGUCGAUCAGGAAAUGAAGGCGCAGUACGGUCCGGAAGAAAUGUUGUACCCGAACAAACAGCUCUACCGGUACAACAUUCGAAACGGCGACGAAAUCAUCAUCGACAGCAAGCUGAAUCGCUGCGUGUCGACGUCCUCGACCACGUCUUCCAUCCGUUCCUGAAGAAGGUUCGCCAGCGAAUCGUCGGACGACGCGAAACAUACCUGACAAUUGUCGGGACCUGAUCUCCAUUAACGGAUCUACGACUCCGAUAGUCGAGAGCCGCGUCGAUGCAUCGUUGAUCGACGACGGGGAGACUCGGGAUUUUUCUAUAUACACGUGCCGAGUGAAAAUUGUUUUAGCGAUUAUAUUUAUCAUCGAUUCUUCAGAGUUGAGAGGUGGCGCUAGAAACCGAACAAAAGGGACACGAGUCGCGUGACGGAGGUAGCCGAGUAUGGAUUUUCGUUAGGAUUCGAACGGUGUGUUACAUAUCGUGAACGUAGCAUUCUUCCAUGUAUUCUGUACCAUAACGUUUCCACGGUAGAUACUUGAAACGGUACGUUAGAGAACUCGCGACCCUUCGAUGUUCUCCGAUGCCUCGUUUGGCGAUCGUUAGCUGUAGAUUAGAGACAAGUGUCGCGAGGUAAAUAGGGAUGUACGGGUACCCGACAUAACACGAGACAGCCCGCACACUCCUAGCCAGAACCCGUUAAGUACUUAGUCGACGUAGCGCUCCAUUUGCGAAUUGUUAUUGUUUUUUUUUUUUUUUUUUGUUUUUGUUCUCAAGUAGUGAAAAUGGCCUGUUGCUUACGGGACACGGUCGUUGACGCGUUAACCGCUGUACAGAAAGAACGCCCGUAGCGCGUGUGUUGAUCAUCAUUAACGUUUCGAAGACAUAGCCAGGACUUUCGGGUCACGGACGGACCCUGUUACGAGGAUGUUAAAUAGUGAGAUAUUAACUCCAGUUUGUUAAUCGAUGUUCGGUAAUAAGUAAUGUGGACUCGGCGAUGAGUAACGGCAAGUGUCCAGUUCGAAUCGUUCACGAAUUUUUAAGCGCGACCGCGUCGCGCACCUUAGAACAAUGCGACCGUCUCGACAAGACGAAAAAGAGAAGAAAAACGUCGAGGCUGCCGAAGAGAAUGAACUAUUUUUGUAGAACGCAGCCAAUUGUAUUUAAGAAAACGCGGAAAAAGAGGGACGCAUGGCUGGGAAAUGAUAAAAGUGUACACUGUAUACGGCUUUCUUUUUUCUCGCACGACGAAACAAGCACGUAGGAGUAUCGGAAAGUUUCCUGAAAAUGACUAAAUCUAAAAGUCCCCUGAGGAGUUAAUGAAAUAGUCCCAACGGUUCUAUCGUUGUUGGGCCACUUUUUAAAAGUCCUUCAUUCUUGUGUCUAGGUUAGGUCAUAGAUGAGUAAAUCUAAGCUCCA